UCAAUGUGCCACACACGUUUCGCCGAGGCCGUCGUGCACUUGUUAACAAAGGUAGUACGUAACCCAGGACACACAUGCCGUCGUUCCGUCCGGAUGGCUCUUACUAGUUCUAUUGUAAGGAAUGCGGGGGACAGGAACGCUAUUAUAUACCAGAUUCGCGUGCAGCUAUCUCACACAAUACCUCCACAACCGUCAAGUACAUAAUACAUCUCCAGAACCUCACUUUUGGUAAUUUCAUCAUCAUGGGUCGCUAUUCGAUUGCUGGCAGCUUACUGCUACUCUCCUACAUUCACGUCUCUCUCGCCGCCGUUUUCGCAGGCCGUCAUCCUAUGAUCACGGGAGCUCCAGAUCACCUUGGCAAACGUCAAGCUCAGUGCGCUGCAACAACAAAUACACUCUGUCCGAACGAUUUUGGUUGCUGUCCAAGCGGCUCGCCAUGUUCUUUCAAUGCGGCCUCUCAAGCCAUUUGCGCCAGCGCUUCAUGCGAGUCUCCCGCCGUCCUCUGUUCCGGUGAUCUCUCCGAUAUAUGCUGCAACCCAGGCUCAACAUGCAACCCAUCCUCAUCCGGAUUUUGCGCCACUACUGCAACUGAUAAUCUCUUUCCGAUGCCGUCCAUAACGGGUGAUCCCGAGCCCACGAACGCUCCGCCCACAUCAGUCGAGCAGACUCCAUCAGCUAUGCCUAGCUCGACUCCUAUGGAAACGCCUAUGCCCAGUGAGACCCCCGUAGAGACGCCGACGAACAUGGAGCCGACCAUCAUUGUCACAAAUGACUUGACUGGCGACGCAACGACGCCCCCAGCAAGCUCGACACCGGCGGCCAGUUCAACGGAUCGUGAGAGUACUUCGCAGAGUACAACUGCCGCACCGAGCAGUUCGUCUGCCGCAGCGAAUCCGGUCGCAGCGACAACAUUAGACGGUGGUUUCGUGACGUUUGUUGUUGGCGCAUUCGCUGGAUUGUUCGCCAUGGGGCUCGUCUAAAGGUGCGAAAUGGACGAUACAGCAACAACGACGACAACGAAAUAAGAUGGAGUACCGUGGUCCAAAGUGAUGACUGUUACGGUUUCUACGGCGAUUAUGAUAUCGUGAUAUACAGCACAUCGCUCAGGAGUUUAUGAAUAUAGCCAGUAUGUAUUAUAAAUCUGAAAUAUCCACACAUAUGGUACUGCCUGGAAUAUGGGUAAGGCAUCAAGGGCGGGCUGUGAGCACUGUGACCAUCUAGGUAUUAGGUCAGUCGAUCCAUUAAUGACACUCACACGUGCACGAUGGGCACGCAUGAACACCCGCAGUACAGGUCGUAAGCCAUCAGUAACUUAGUCAACAUCACAGGACUGACGUCAAGUUAAAGCUUCACAACAUAGACUUUGCGCAGAAAAAGCGCAAAAGGAGUAUAUCUCGCAACAAGAUACGCAGUCCAAUAGCUAUAUCGCUUCGAACGCCAUCCACAUCUA